GACUCAGCCCCCUGCUGCUGCGGGAUGGGGCUUGUCAAACAGCCUCCCCCAGCCCGGCCUGUUCUCUCCUUCCAGGGGCCGGGGCCCAGGAGUUCCAGCUGCUGCAGCCCCAGCGCGCCGUGUCGGUGUCAGCGGGACAGACUCUCACCCUGCACUGCUCUGUGACUGGGAACCCUCCGGCAGGACCCAUGAAGUGGUUCAAGGGCUCGGGCCCCACCCGCCUGCUGGUUUAUGCAGAGUCAGGAUCAUUCCCCCGGGUGACGAAGGUGGCCAACACUGACACUGACUACUCCAUCCGCAUCAGUGACACCCGCCUCGAGGACGCCGGGACCUAUCGCUGUGUGAAGUUCAAGAAGGGGCCGGGAGCCGAUGAGGAGAUCGGAUCCGGCGCUGGCACGGCCGUGUCUGUGAGCGCCAGGCCGUCGGCCCCGUCUGUGUCCGGCCCCCCCAGCAGGGCAGAGCCGGGCACCCCAGUGACUUUCACCUGCACGUCUGGAGGAUUCUCCCCCAGAGACAUCACUGUUACCUGGCUCAAAAAUGGGGCCCCACUGCCGGUCCCCCAGCCCCGGGUUCUCCCCGAACACGAGAGCGUCUCCUACAGCGUGUCCAGCACCGUGGGGCUGAGCCUGAGUGCAGGAGACGUCCGCUCCCAGCUCACCUGUCAGAUAGAGCACAGCGCCUUAGCGGCUCCCCUGCUUGGGACGUACGACCUCAGCCACGCCCUGCGAGUUCCACCCAGGCUGCGAGUGGGCUCUGACCCGGCGGGGUGCAUCACACGGAACGAGUCUGUGACGUUCACCUGCCGCGCGGAGGGGUUCUACCCGCAGGGGGCCAGUCUCACCUGGCUGGAGAACGGAAAUGAGACGGAUCUGGGGAAACCCUCCCGCCUGACGGAGAAUCCAAACGGGACGUUCACGUUGCAGAGCUCCCUGGAGGUCAGAGCAACCGAGCAGAGGAGCCAGUCUGCAUUCACCUGUCGGGCUGUGCACGAUUCCCAGCCCCCCGUCAGUGCCAGCGCGAUGUUGAGAGUCUCCCUGACACCUACAGAGCCUGGUCAGAGCCUGUUCUCCAGCCCGGCUCUCUGGAUUGGGCUCCUCCUGGAGAAGAUGCUGACUGGAGCCUUCCUCCUCUUCCUCUUCCUGAGGGCCCCUGGUCUGUUCCCCGAUGUUCUCGCGCCCUCCCCGCCUGCCAACCGCUCUGUCUGCAGCCUCUGCCCCCAACCUGAAGACCAGUCCCCAUAUAGUGGAGCUGCAGCGCCCCCUGCUGGCCUGUCCCAUGGAGCCCAGGCUUAACAAACAAAGGUUAAGGGGAGAUCAGGUUCCAGUCUGCAAGUACCGACAUGGCCUGGGGAACAAAGGUUUAAUAACAGGAUCGUCAGACUUGCCAGUACCAGGGUGAUGCCCCGUCUGUGUCUGGACCUGGAAACCAGCCAAAUUCAGCCUGGAAAUGAGGCCGAAAUGUUCCUGGGGAGAGGAACUAACCGGGGGCCGUUUGCCAAGGGCCGUGGUGGAUGCUCCGUCAGUGACGCUGUUUCAGCCCAGGCUGGAUGUUUCUCUGAAGGAGCCGCUGUCGGGAUUGUCCAGGCAGGUCUCUGGCCUGUGCUGCAGGGAGGGUCAGAUCAGAGGAGCAGAACGGCCCCUCUGGCCUGGGAAGCUGAGUCUCUGAUGGGCGCACCCACCGCUCACUGCCCUCCUGAGGGCACAGCCUCUGGGAGGACCCCGCCUGGGCUCCCUGCCCCCUCUCGCCCUCCCCUCUGUGCUGUCUGACCUGCCCUUUCCUUCAGAGAACCAAACAAUAUAUACCCCAGGGAGUAAUGUCGAAAUAAUAAGUGGAGCGACCGCACUGACUAGCCUGUAUUAAAAUAAGGGGAUUUCUUUUUCAAAAUCUGUCCUGCUUUCCUUGGGGAGAACUCUUAUUUCAAAAUAGUUAAAUCGUGAUUUCGAAGUCGUGUUCGUGUGGACGCGCCGCCACUGCUAUUUCAGAAUAACGACUCCCCAGGGCAAUUGGAGCUAAUGACUCCCCAGUGCUUCCUGGGGCUGUAAGUGGCGGUAGCGCGUCCACAUGCACAGAGCCUGCCUCAGACUCCUGUUGAGGCUUCCCCACAGUGGGAACAGGCUAGUUCCAUUUAGUUAUUUUGAAAUAAUUUCCCAGUGUAGCCUUGGGCUGAUCUGCCCCAAGCCGCUGGCCUGUCCCACCUCAGGGAAAUGCACAGAGAAGGGGACCAAUCUGCGGGCCCCUGGGCACAGUGUGAGGGGUCCCCAUCUCCACCCCUUGCUCACACUCUUCUUGUCUCGGUGGGGUACCAGCGUCGACACAAAGAUCAAUUUGUGGUGUCUAAGCAGACGCAAUAAAUCGACAGCCAGUGGAUCGAUCGCUGCAGCAUCAACACAUGUCGCAGUAUAGACAAGGCCUAGGCACACUACAGACGGACAGAAUUCCUCCUGGUUAGGGCUUUUUGUUCUUCCCCUCCUGCUUCAAGUCUCAAACUUAGCUAACAGGAGGAUUUCAGUCCUCUGUCUCUUAUUCAUGGGUUAUAGCGAUCAGCAAAGCCCUUUGCCCUUGGAUGGGUCUCGGUAUUUUGUCAACUGUCGAUGGACCUGUGCAGUUGAGCUGCACAUGACACCUGCUUUUGGAUAUUGGUAUUUCACUAAUUACUGCUUAGCUCCUGCCUGCUGAUUUGCAUAAUUAUCGAAGCUUCCAAUGGGAAUGCGCCACUCUUACUAGUCACUCUGGGCUGCAGCUGUUAUAAAUGAGACAGACCCAGACAGUAAAAUUUAAACAGGAAGCAAGUUUGUAUAAUUUAGAUCUUUCGUGUAACAAUACCAACACCAGGGCUGCAUCUAGACUGGCAUGAUUUUGCGCAAAUACAUUUAACAGAAAAGUUUUUCCAUUAAA